AUUCUUUAUAAAAUUCUUUCAGUGAAUAAUGAGAUGAAGUCAUAAUAAGUAAAAGAUGUAGUUGUGAGGCCUAAAUUAGAAAGAAAAAAGAUCAGCACAAUUAUUUUUCUCUAUGUAGAUGUAAGAAUAUUUGCAAUAAAUAGGUGAUGAGUGAGGGAGAAUAAAUAAAUUUAAAAAAAAACAAAAAUAGAAAGAAUUGGUAAAAUGGAGUGAGGUGAGUUUGAUUUCAUGAUUCAAAGUAGGAGAAGAUUAGUUGAGAAAGAGAGCGCGGGCAAAAGCUGGAGACUGUCUGGUAGGUAGACUGUAACCGCCACACAAACCUCUCUCUCUCUCUCUCUCUCGUUUAAAUAUUCUCUCUCUAAAAUCUCUCUCAUAGUGCACUGCACAAUGAGAUUGAGAAACUUGCAAUUGACCAUGGAAAUUGCACUUUUCAUCCCAAAUCUAUGGUGGUGGGACAAAAUCAACAACUCCACUAUCUGGCAGAACUCUAUUCUCUACUUCCUCUCUGCAGCUUAUGCUCUCGUCUCCUUCGUCGCUCUCUUUCAAUUGGUAAGAAUUGAGCUACGAGUUCCUGAGUAUGGUUGGACUACGCAGAAGAUUUUUCAUCUCAUGAAUUUCAUUGUCAAUGGAGUGCGUGCUCUGGUUUUUGGAUUGCACAAGCUAGUUUUUCUUUUGCAUCCUAAGGUUUUCAUUUUGGUGCUAUUAGAUCUGCCAGGACUUUUGUUUUUCUCAACAUAUACUCUUUUAGUCCUUUUUUGGGCUGAAAUUUAUCAUCAGGCAAGGAGUUUACCAACUGAUAAGCUCAAGAUGAUUUAUAUUUCAAUAAAUGCUGCCUUGUAUAUUAUCCAGAUUUUUAUUUGGAUAUACCUCUGGAUAGAUGACAACAGCGUUGUGGAGUUCUUUGGAAAGACUUUUGUUGCAGGUGUGUCAUUUGUAGCUGCACUAGGCUUCUUGCUAUAUGGAGGAAGAUUAUUUUGCAUGCUGAGGCAUUUCCCAAUUGAAUCUAAAGGGAGAAGAAAGAAACUUCAUGAGGUCGGAUCUGUUACAGCCAUCUGUUUCACCUGCUUUCUACUACGAUGUGUUAUGGGCAUUUUGUCUGCAUUUGAUUCAGAUGCAUCUCUAGAUGUUUUGGAUCAUCCUAUUUUGGACUUGGUCUACUACAUGCUGGUUGAGAUCCUGCCUUCAGCUUUAGUCCUCUACAUCUUACGCAAAUUGCCCCCGAGGAGAAUAUCAGCACAAUAUCACCCUAUUCACUAGCUGCAAUCCAGUGUUAAUCUGCUAAUUGGUUAUGGUUUUAUUGGUUCUUGAUUAUAUAUAUCUAAUUUCAAUUCGAGAAACAUAUAAAGAAAAAAGAUCUCCGAUAUAGUCUCAUGGCAGCCGGUCUUUUACGGGUGGCACUCAGCAACUCCUGUCGGGGAAAGGAUAAUUUGAGUUCCAGUUUUGUAGGAUAUACAUCCCAUGACAAGUCACCAGAGCUGGUGACUUUCUCUAGUCAUUUCUCCAUUAACCCUUGCUUCAUGGGAGUGGGGUUGAUAUUAUCAUGGAAAAUACAAAUUUUAUAUAGGCUGAAUGUUAUAUAGUUCGAGGUACAAGCUUGUAGUGAGGCAUCCUUUUCAUGUGAAAUUUUUGUAGGUACUUCAGUUCUUCUGACAUCUUGUUCUUACUAGUCUGUAUCAUCUCCAUUUCAUCUAUCAAUUUCUUUCGUUACUAUAA